AUGUUGACCGUAACGACUGCUGUCCUCUACUGCUCCGUAUGCAGCGGCCUCUUCGUUGGCCUUUUAUACAUCUGGCCCUUACUAGGGCUCCACUCCGACGUCCUCAACCCCAAGACACGAGAUCGCACCGACGUUAUCCAAUUACGAUCCUUGUCCGUUGUAUCGGCCUCUCUCAUCAGUUAUUUCAUCGUUAGCUCCGUAACUGACCAUCGUAUACAAGCAUUAGACCUUCUUAUACAUCCUUCAACUGCUCUCAAAUCGGCUGCGGUCGGCCUCAUUUUGACGCUUACUUUGAUGGCCGGUCCCCUCAUGUAUGGUGGAAAUAGCUUAGGGAAUCUCAAUAAGUGGCAAGUGGCCCGAGCUCUCAUCAUUGCUCCAGUGACCGAGGAGUUCGUUUUCCGCGGUUGCUGCGAUGCUCUGUUGCGAGAGGCCUCCAUAUCGUUGCCGUGGCGCCUCGUCCUCUGUGGUCCCGUUUUCUUCACACUAGCACACGUCCAUCACUUCACAAAGGAGAUACUGGCGAAUCCUGUUCGAGGCAUCCUUCUAGCUUGUGUUACU